AUGCGCGGGGAGCUAAUAUCUAUAUCAGUAUUGAACAUAUUUUUGUCCCUGACGGCAAUUAUUGGGAACGUUCUGAUCCAAGUUGCUCUUUACAAGGAGACUUCCCUUCACUCCGCGAUGAAACUUUUGCUUCGAAGCCUUUCAGUAAGCGACCUACUAGUUGGUCUCAUCUCAGUGCCUCUGGCUGUUACUUACUGGAUGUCUGUGAUCUUCGAGCAUUGGAAGAUUUGUCCCUUUGCCCUUGGUUCAACUGUUAUAGCAAGUUACACAUUGGGGCCAGUGUCCUUAUUAACAUUAACUGCAAUAAGCGUGGACAGACUUCUCGCGCUAAAGUUAGGCCUCAGAUACCGACAAGUUGUAACUUUGAAGCGCAUUUUGGCGAUUGUCAUUAGCUUUUGGGUUAUAUCUUUCAUUUCUGCGACGAUAUACCUUUGGGAUUUGCAUAUAACCUUGUUGUGCGGCAGUGCCAUUACUGGUCUGUGUUUAGUGACGUCAGUCUAUUCUUACACAAGGAUUUACCUUGAACUCCGCCAUCAUCAAAUUCAAGUACAAGGCCGUGCGUCACAUGAACAAGUGAGUCAAGAAUAUCCCCUGAACGUGGCGCGUUACAGAAAAGCCGUAUCGAGUACCCUGUGGCUUCAGGGGACACUGAUUCUUUGUUAUUUGCCGAUCGCUAUAAUCGGAUCUAUGUGGAUUCAGAACUAUAGUGAAUUCUCCUCGUCUAUGUAUCUCGCUAGACAGUGGGCGGCUUCUCUCGUGUUCUUAAACUCGUCAUUAAACCCAAUCCUCUACUUUUGGAAGAUUAGAGAAGUAAGACAAGCAGUAAAGGUCACAAUCAAACAUCUUUUCAGCCCAUCGACGAUGAAUUAG